AUGACCUCCAGCUACGGGCACGUUCUGGAGCGGCAACCGGCGCUGGGCGGCCGCUUGGACAGCCCGGGCAACCUCGACACCCUGCAGGCGAAAAAGAACUUCUCCGUCAGUCACCUGCUAGACCUGGAGGAAGCGGGGGACAUGGUGGCGGCGCAGGCGGACGAGAGCGUGGGUGAGGCGGGCCGGAGCCUACUGGAGUCGCCGGGACUCACCAGCGGCAGCGACACCCCGCAGCAGGACAAUGAUCAGCUGAACUCAGAGGAAAAGAAGAAGAGAAAGCAGCGGAGGAACAGGACAACUUUCAACAGCAGCCAGCUGCAGGCUUUGGAGCGUGUCUUUGAGCGUACACACUACCCAGAUGCUUUUGUGCGAGAAGACCUGGCGCGCCGAGUGAACCUCACCGAGGCCAGAGUGCAGGUGUGGUUUCAGAACCGAAGAGCCAAAUUCCGCAGGAAUGAGAGAGCCAUGCUGGCCAAUAAAAACGCUUCCCUCCUCAAAUCCUACUCAGGAGACGUGACUGCUGUGGAGCAGCCCAUUGUACCUCGUCCUGCUCCAAGACCCACCGAUUAUCUCUCCUGGGGCACAGCCUCUCCAUACAGCGCCAUGGCUACUUACUCUGCCACAUGUGCCAACAAUAGCCCUGCACAGGGCAUCAACAUGGCCAACAGCAUUGCCAACCUGAGACUGAAGGCCAAGGAAUAUAGUUUACAGAGGAACCAGGUGCCAACAGUCAACUGAGGAAAAAAAAUAAAUAAACAGGCCUAAGAAGAAAUCAAAAACCAUAAGACACCUAUCCUGCUUGUCAUUUCUUCAUCUGCUGGAAAAAAAAAUAAAAACAAACAAACAAACAAAAAACAGAACUAACAUAUUGGGACCAUGGCAGAGAAAAGCAGGAGAGGAGCAAAAUGAAAAUGAGUUAAAUGUUCCUCCUCCCUCUGGGAUACCACCACCACUUGUUUCUGUGUGUGUUAAUUUUGUUUUUCCUUCUAUUCAUGCGCUUUGCUUUAUAUACUCCGAGCUUCUUCUGCUAGGUUCAGGCUACCCAACCCCAUGUUGUAUGGGUUUUAAAAAAAUCCACAGCGGCCAAAGAAACCAUAUAUAUAUUCAGAACAAUGUCUAUAGUCUCCUCAAUGACCUGUUUGAACCUCAGUGCCUUACCCUAUCCUUCUUCCCAAUUCUCUGUAUAGAAGCUUUAGGAACUUCUGAAAAGCCAAAAUCUUUCUGAAGAAUCUGUGCCAGACGUGAUUCCCUUUCUCAUUAUCUCCAUCUCUGUUGGUCAUGGUAAGGUUUUUCCAUCAGCUACUAGGAAAAAAGCAGUUGUGUACACCAUCUUGUCACUGGCCUCUCUGAUCCAAUGUGAUUGGCUGU